AUGCCUGAUGACACAGACGCUGCGGCUCUAUGCGACACGAUCGUUCAUGGCACUUUCCCACAAUCUGAAGAACUCUUGACAUCUGAUCUGUCCUCUCAAACCGUCUCGGCACUCCUCAGCCAGAUCUCUCAUACUCGGCAAAGUCUCAGUGACGAGAUCAAAGCCGACAGUAGAGAUGAGGCUGGCAACGUCGAUGCAUGGAUUGCGCAGGCUAAAAAGGUCCAAGAGGACAUUGCGCGCUGCAAACUCGAAUCCAAGCGCAUCGUCGAGGAGCACGAGCAACUACAAGUCCUAAGAGACCAGGUCACCGACUAUCAAGGCAAAGUUGAUCUCCUCGAGGCUGAAAUUGACUUCACCAACUCCCUCGGUCGCGAACUUCUGAACGUAUCCUUGGCUGCACAGGCCUUGAGGGACAUUGAGCAAUGUCUCUCCCACGACGACCCCAGCGGAGCUGCCGCGAAACUGCAAGAGCUGGACAAGAACUCGACAACCAAGCCAAAAGCUAGAACAACCACGAUCAUACGAGAUCUACGAGACGAACUACGUCUGAAAGCUCGCUUCCAGCUAGAGCAGAAGCUCAGCCAACAGAUUCUCGUUCGCAGAGACCCUCAGAGGGGAGGUCUUGAGGUUUUACAGAAUGAGCUCGAUCAUGCCGCACUGAAUUCCGAUGCCAUUCUACGAGCUCUUGACAGCCUUGGUGACGGCCAAGAUUCCAUGGAGCCUCUGAUGGACAAGCUCAGGUCUCUGAUUGUCCUUCCUUUACGCCAAUCCGCACGCUUGAAGUUGGCGGCUUAUCACGUCGAGGAAAAUGCUUUCAAUAUCGAAUUCGACGCCCGCCUUCCGUCUCUGGACUUGGUUCUCGCUUUCGCACUCCACUUUCUCCACUUUCUCCGCGAUUCCCUGUCUGAGACAGUGCAAGACGCCACAGCGAAAGCACUACUCCCCGGCUUGAUGGACGUUCUGGUUUCCGAUUGGCUAAACCCUGAGCUGCCUACCGACCUCAGAAUGCUGGACGAUCUUGACCGUCUCAAGCAGAGGGUAAACGGCAUCUUGGACGACCUGAAAUCAUCCCGAUGGGAAGGGCAAGAAAAGCUUCAAGAUUGGACCGAUGAUAUACAACGGGCUUGGCUAAGCAAGCGCAAGGCUGCUACCCUGGAUGCUGUAAGGAAAGUAUUCGCUUCGGCUCGGGGAAGUUUACGCCAGGUGGAACGUGUGGAGCGACAGAUGGUUUCGACUAGUACCGCAGAAGAGCAGAGGGGUGCCGAAGGGGGCUCAGAUGAAUGGGACGCGGACUGGGACGACGACACCAAGACCAAAGAUCCCGCGGGAGAAACAGGCCCGAUGAGGGGUACCGAGGAAGAUGACACAGAAGGCUGGGGUUUCGACGAGGAAGAAGAAAAUGAACCGAACAGAGACACUGGCGACGCACAAGUCGCAAAUACCGAAGACGACGACGCCGGAGAUGCUUGGGGCUGGGGCGAUGAGAGCCCUGUCACGGAAAAGAAAUCACAACCGGCAUCAAAAGACGAAAACAAGGCACCAAACGGAGCGAAGCUGCCCAAGGAGACUGAGCAGGAGGUUACUCUGACGGAAGUUUACAGUAUCAGUGAGAUCCCUGACCACCUUGUCCAAAUUAUAAGCAGGGAUCUCUCCGACGCUCAAACUCUCCGGGACACCCAACAGAAGAGUCUUGAUUCCGCCUCAGCAUCUAGAGGUCUGCUGGCUCUACCCACCUUGGCACUCGCCAUGUUUCGGGCAACAGCGCCCAGCUACUACGGCGCCUCUCCCACCCUGACAGACAUUCACCGCUACAACGAUUCCCUGUAUAUUGCCGAACGACUACGCGACAUAAGCGCCCCGCCAGACAUGGCCAGCAUAGAAUCCGACAUCAAAGCCAUGGAGAAAUUCGCCAAACUGGCAUACUCGAAAGAAAUGGAAACCCAGCGCAUAAUCGUGUGGGAUCUCCUCGAGGGCGCCCAGGGCUUUACUUCAUGCACGCAAUUCCCCUACUCGAAGGAGAUCGAGAAUGCUGUGUCCUCGGUCGUCGAUCGAAUACGCACACUGCACGCGCUAUGGAAACCCAUCCUCUCGACCUCCGCGCUGAUGCAGAGUCUCGGCUCGCUCGUCACGAUGGUGGUCUCCAAAGUCAUCUCCUCAAUCGAAGAGAUGGACGAUAUCUCCGAGCCAGAAUCCCAGCGCCUCACUGCAUUCUGCCAACAAAUCGCCACCUUGGAAGAUCUUUUUCUCUCGACGCCGCCAUCUACUACGGCUGAUCAGGAAGACACUGCUCCACAAUCACCCAUCCCCAUGACGGCAGUGUACGUCUCCAACUGGCUGCGCUUCCAGUAUCUGAUCAAUAUCCUCGAGAGUUCGCUCGUCGACAUCAAGUACCUCUGGACGGAAGGCGAACUGAGCCUCGAGUUCAGCGCGGACGAAGUAGUCGAUUUAAUCAAGGCCCUCUUCGCCGAGAGCGCCCAUAGGCGGAGCGCCAUUGCCGCGAUCAAGGGGAGUAGAACGUCGCGGUGA